AUGUUUGCAUUUUUGCAAGUUUUAUUGCUUUCUGUGCAUUUGUUGCAUGCAGUGGCGGCGCCUGAGGCAUUUAUUGCAGCUAAUGUGACGGCAGAAGAUGCAACCAUAGCAGAGGCCGCAGCAGCAACCGCCCACACGCGCAAUAACCGCCAACUCUUCUUCGAUCCCAGUCUGUUUUUGCUGCAGGGGGGACUAGGGGGCGGUGCGUGGGAAGGCUCCAAGUGUCUGACGCCACGCGGCCAGUCGGGCGUUUGUGUUCGCAUCGACAGCUGCCGGCAGUACUACCGGGUGGCCAGGCAGCUCACCUUCAUAGCUUUGAGGCAGUGGCCGCCGCAGGCUGCGCUCAGUUUGGGCGCUGAUUUGUGCAACUUUUACGAUCAGUUGGGACGGGUGAAUAACGGCAUUUGUUGCACAACCAUGGAUGCGCCGGCCUUUGGCGCGUUUCCAAUACCAGCGCCGACAGAGACAACAACAACAACACCUACGACUACAACAACGACAACAACAACUGAAAGACCAGCGGCGUCAGCAGAUGAGCUUGACAAGGUGGAAGAGGAGGAUGAACCGGCGUUUGUUGAAGCAGAGCUGCCUGUGGACAGCGGAAGCAGCGUGGAGGAUACACCAGACUUCCAGGAUAUCAACACCAUAGAGGCGCAUGCGCCGGCCCAGCCCGACACUACUGUCUAUCCCUAUCAGUGGCCGUUUGGCAGCUUUGCUGGUGGUGUGGCGCAAUGGCCACCACCAAUACCUACACAUCCGCCCACCUUGGGCGGUUGGCCGCCACCAAUACCGACACAUCCACCCAAUCACCAUUAUCCCACACAUCCGAGCACGGUUGGCGCACAGCGGCCGACCACACCGAGCACUGUUCUGACCACAAGGCGCACAACUCCGCGACCAACCACACGACCCACAACAACGCGGCGACCUAGCUAUCCCUCAUAUCCAGGUUAUCCGUCACCGACGGCUCCAGCAACAACAACGCCAACUACGACACGACGCCCAGCAACUGGUGGUGGGGUCAGUGCCGAGGGUUUGCCACUUCAAUGCGGCAUUAGAAAUCCCGUCUCUCCCGAUCAGGAGCGAAUUGUGGGUGGCAUCAAUGCCAGCCCUCACGAAUUCCCCUGGAUGGCGGUACUCUUCAAGUCCGGCAAGCAAUUCUGUGGCGGCAGUUUAAUAACCAACAACCAUAUUCUCACAGCAGCCCAUUGUGUGGCGCGCAUGACUUCUUGGGAUGUGGCCGCUCUGACCGCCCAUCUGGGCGAUUACAACAUACGCACAGACUUUGAGGUGCAACAUGUGUCGCGUCGCAUCAAGCGGCUGGUGCGCCACAAGGGCUUUGAGUUCAGCACAUUGCACAACGACAUUGCCAUACUGACGCUGAGCGAACCAGUGCCGUUCACCCAAGAGAUUCAACCCGUCUGUCUGCCCACCUCGGCCGCGCAACAGACCCGCUCCUACAGCGGCCAAGUGGCGACUGUGGCCGGCUGGGGCAGUCUGCGGGAGAAUGGACCGCAGCCGUCCAUUUUGCAAAAAGUUGACAUACCCAUCUGGCCAAAUUUGGAGUGUGCGCGCAAAUAUGGACGAGCAGCGCCCGGCGGCAUCAUUGAAUCCAUGAUCUGUGCCGGACAGGCUUCUAAGGAUUCGUGCAGCGGUGACUCUGGCGGUCCAAUGAUAGUAAGCGAUGGUGGACGCUACACGCAAGUUGGCAUCGUUUCUUGGGGCAUUGGCUGCGGCAAGGGCCAGUAUCCGGGCGUAUACACCCGUGUCACCUCACUGCUGCCGUGGAUUUACAAGAAUAUCAAGUAA